GUGUCGCUGAAGGGGACGUGAACCAGCCAGCUAGUGGUGGCGAAGUGAUCGUGCCCUGACACUGCUACUGCUGGUGGUGGCGGUGACGUGGCACGGUGCUGCACUGCCCCCCUACUGAACCCACCUAAGUCAUGCUGUUAUUCAGACGUGUUUUACACCGCGUUAAGUGGUUUUUGGAGUUGACGUAAACUUCGAACAGCAAACAUGAGAAGUUAUGGCCCCACGACUCUCAGAAAGUCUCAGAGUGUGACGCACUUCUUCCACAGUAGAAUAAUUUUACUUUGAAUUCUGACCAACUAAUAUUCUUUACCUAACUCAUAACUAUACAGUAUAUACAUAUAUAAUAUACCCAAUAUAUAAAGUUUAGAAAAUUCUUUCACCGCAAUAGAUGGUCACUUAUGAAGUGUGUUAAACAGCGAGUACAUUAAGUGUGAACAGAAAAUACUUGUCAACGAGGCAGCAACACCAUGAUCCAGCACCUGGUGGUGCUGCUGCUGUGGGGGGCCUCGGGCGUCCUCACUACUGAAGAAGCACCACUGGUGGCUGUAUACGCUGUGCGGGGACAGACUACUCGACUACCGUGUAACUUGACUUCAGCCCCUGAGGAGCCUGUUAUACUGGUCCUCUGGUACAAGAAUGGCACAAAGACCCCGGUGUUCAGCGUGGACUUACGACACCAGCAGAAGGGGAGUGGGAGCACCAGGGCCUCAGAUUUCUUCCAGGGUCGCGGGAGGAUUGACCAGGAGCAGCGGUGGUGGAGCUGGGCGCUGGUGGUGAGGGAGGUGCAGUUUAGCGACCAGGGCGAAUACCGCUGUCGCCUUGACUUCCAACAAUUUUGGGGUAAUGUAGAGUAG